UGGCUUUUUUCGAAAUUCUUAAGUUGGUAUUUAAACAAGAGUUUGUCAAGUUAUAAAAUUUAUAUUAUAUAUGUCAUUGUCACAGUUAGUUAAUGUUUUGUAUUUUUGUUUAUGAUUUGUAAUAAUUAGUAUAAAUAAAUAAUGACUGAAAAUAAAUGUAGAGUAUGCUUAGAAGAUACAAAUUUAAUGAUAAAUAUUUUUAAUAACACCGACUCAGGAAUGAUAUAUAUUAAUAUAAUGAGUAUAACGGAAAUACAAAUACACCCGAACGACGGACUUCCUAAUUCUAUAUGCAACCGUUGCAAUACAACUUUACAAAAAUGUAUAGAUUUCAAAAGGCUCUGUGAGAAGUCUGAUAAGGAAUUGAGAAGUGCCUUAAAUAACAGUAAAAAAGAUAAAAAAACAAAUUCUAAAUAUGAAUCAACAAGAAAGGAGUGUAGUACAUUGUAUCAAAAUAAUGAAAAUAGUAAAGAACGAGAGAAAGAUGUUAUAAGUAGAAAUGAUACAAAUGAUUCCAGUAAUUUAAGUAUUCCCAACAAAGUCUCUCAAAAGCAACAGUGUUUUACAUGUGGGAAAAUUAUGUCAUCUAGUUUUAGACUUAAAACUCACUUGGCAACUCACACAGAUGAAAAACCAUACUCAUGUGCAUAUUGCAACAAGAAGUUCUCAUUAGCACAAAACCUAAAUGUUCAUUUAAGAAUACACACGGGUGAAAAACCAUUCUGUUGUACUGUCUGUGGAAAGUCAUUCGCCCAAUCUUCAGGAUUAACAACACAUAAACGUAAGCACACUGGUCAAACACCUUAUAAAUGUGUAUUGUGUCCACGUAGUUUUCGUACAGUGGGACAUUUACAAUAUCAUGUCAGGCGUCACACGGGUGAAAAAAAAUAUGAAUGUGACAUGUGUAGUCGUGCAUUUAUUACUCGAAGUGAUUUGAAACAGCAUAUGAUGACACAUAGCGGAGAGAAGCUGCAUGUUUGCUGCAAUUGUGGUAUGAGAUUUUCACGGGCAUCAAACUUAAAACGCCACUUGAAAUAUUCACAUAAUGAAGAAAAAUUUUACAAGUGUACUCAAUGUCCUUUAAAAUUUAUGCGCAAAAAUGAACUUGAUAAACACGAAAAGAAACAUAAACAUGAAUUAAGAAUAAAUUAA